AUGCCUCUUGACGCCCUUCCAGUCCACCUCCACCGUCACAUCCUCUCCUUCCUCCCCUGGCAAUCCCACAUCCCCGUCUCAGCCACCUGUCACUUCUGGAAUAAAAUCCUCCAAGAAGAAGAAUUCAAGUCCAAACGCUACGGAACCUUCAAACCCAAUGACCUCCUCAUGCACCAGGUCCUCGUCAACCCUGCCGUUGGGUUUAAAAUGAGCUUUUACGAAUGUGGUGCCAGGGGUGCGUUAGUCGGUAUGGAUUUCUUUACCACCGAAUUCGCGAAGGGGAAGGAGACGUCGGCUAUCCUUCGAGCUAUGGCAAAUACUCAACUGAGGGAGUAUAAUUGUAUACUCUACGAUCCAUUGUUCCUCAAACCCCAAGAAGAACAGGGACAAAACAAGACCACAGAUAUGGUCGUAAAGUCCACCAUGAAACUUAAACGUUCGAAGAAAAAACCACUCUUCUUCCACGAAAACAACAAUAACACGACUAGAUGGCCAAUGAGCAUCAGAAUCGGUAUCAUCAACGAACCAAAUGAGUCGGGAGAGGACCUAGUCAAUAUCAACAUCGCAGAGGGCUCAAAGAACAGAGAUUUGACUGUCGGAGAGCUUCUUGAGGGUAUCGCUGAGGCCGUUACCGCUACAGGGCCACGCAAAAAGUUGGACUACAUCUCUUUCGAACUUGAGAUGUGGCAAUGGCUUCCGCAGCACCACUUUGGGAUUAUUAGGAAGACUAAUGAUCCCUUCAUUCAUCAUCCUUUGAUGAAGGUACUGCGACCAUUGAUUAGAAGUGGUUGGCGUGGUAAACGUGCCCGUCUCGCUUGGAGGCUCAAGCGUGCUGCCAAGAAGUUCUUGGAGAUGCAGCAGUGGAAUGACGCAAAUGAAGAUGAGACGAAUAAAGAAAUCAUCAGACACGUCAAAUCUAUUCGUGUGGGAAAGAAACAUUGA